GAAGUCUGUAUGACCAUCAACAUCAAGUGACUCCGUCGUUUCCGAGUCCUUGGGCGAGGAUAAAAUCAAAUAAUCUAAUCAAUCUAAAAUAUUAAAAAACAGAGGAGCUGAAGAUCUUCAGAGACGUCUAGAGGAAAGAGAGAGUCUGAAAGUACCUGCUCCACUUUGCUGCUAUUGUUUCCAUCUCCUCUCUGAUGUCUAAUCUGUCUUUUCCUGGAAUGUAAUAUCACUCUCUUCUGCUUGCUCAUCUAACUGCCAUAACUUUCCAGUAGGUUCAGAUGAUGUAGUUUGGAGGAAAGUUUCAGUGGCUGGAUGGCAAUGCUAAUGGAAUAUGAGAUAUUAAAGCAAUGGAUGGAGGCUGCUGGAUGGAUUAAGCAGGUUAAUUUGUAAAAGGACUAUGAUAGUUGACCAGAAACCCUUGCAAGAGGCCAUGGCAGCACAGGAGCAGCCAUCCAACUUUGGGAAGGAAACCACACAAACAGAGGCACACACAUCUUCAUCCCCAUCAGCAAGGUUGACAAAUGGUCCCAGAAACACAUUUCAGAGAGGAGACUCCGAACUGUCAGAGGAGGAGAUGGAAAAAUCACUGCAAGGACUGUCAUUCAGGCUCGAUCUUAGCACUGUACCUCCAUCACUGCAGAUUUCACCAUCAGGCCUGACAUUGACACACAUUGACAACACUGAGCCAACAAGUACUUCUAGAAGACAUCAGAAGAGCACAGAGCUGAAGGCCAGUGGCAGUGCAGAACUGUCUUCUUGUACACUGUGGGUUCUGGCAGACAUCAGCAUUGCAAAGGGCCUUUGCUACUGGGAGGUGGAUGUCUACAAUAGUGUCUCCUAUCGAAUUGGAGUGUGCACAAAGGAUAGGCAGCAUUCCUGGUGGCUGCAACGAGAAGGAAUCCACUUUGUGGCACUCUACGAUGGAGACAAGGAGGAGAUCAAGUCAAUUCCUCCUUGCAUGAAGACCCUAGGAGUCUGUCUGAACCAUACAGGGGGCACCCUUAGCUUCCAUAACACACUGGAGCAAGAGCACCUUGUCACCCUGCCGACAAACUUUGGAGCAGCAGUUACUCCAGCUAUUGCACUGUGCCAUGGCAAGCUGAUAAUCCAUUGUGGAAUUCCAGUGCCUGAUUAUAUUUUUACUGAUUGCCAAUCUCCCUACAGAGAAGUCCAAGGUGCUGGCAAACGUUGGAGAAAAGAUGUCCCCUUUCAACCAGUCAUCUCCCUUAUCCAGAGGUUUGAAGAGCUUGCCACCAUUGAUUCAGAUUGUGCUUUUGGCUCCUAACAUUCAGUACAGUAAACCCCAAAUCUAGAACAAUAAUAAGUUAAGGAAGUUAAGUUCCAGAACAAGUGCUAGAUAAGAUCCUUGAUUAUGUGUAACAGAUGAUGCAAUGACAGUUUCUACAGACUUUUAUUUGUGUUGUUCUUCCUGAAGGACAGAAGUCACUGCCAGGGUGGCAGGGUAGUUAGUACAGCUGCCUCCUGGCUACAGAUUCCAAAUGCUGGCCCAGUUAUAGUUUAUAGUCUGUACAUUCUCCAUUUGUUCGUGUGUGCGUGUUCUUUUUCCUCUGAGUAUUCCUGUUCAUCCCGCUUGUCCCAACGGCACAUGUGUUAAGUUAACUUGCAACUGUAGCCCAAACUGGUAUGAGUGAUUGUGAAUGUGUACUUGAGUGUGUCCUGCGCUGGUUUCUGUCUUACUGCUAAUGCUGCUGGAAUAGGAGCAACUCUGAAUGUGAAUGACAGCCUUAAGCAAUGGAUGGGAGGAACUGUCAUUACAAAACCAUCAGAAUGCUUGAACUCUACACAUACAUAGCAAAUGACUGAGGGAUUCAAACUCAGAACGUUGUGUCUGUGAGAUAGAGGAAGAAAAAUGAUGAAUAUAAUUGUAGAGAGUCAUCAAGAGUGGCAAAAUCAACUUUCCGGGUCAUAGGAACAAAAGUUUAAAACAAACCUGCAAAAUUUCAUAAAAGUAUGGUGGGAAAGUGGAUCUAAUUCAGCCAUGAGGCAUGGACACUUGAGCCAAUUUUGUUUUUGCAACCCAAAUACAAUUCUAUUGAGAUGGAGAGUGUCACAGCAGAUCGAUGAAACUUUUUAUUUGAAUCUUUUAUUUAUAUUUUAUUCAUUCAGUGUAUUUCAUUUUACAUACA